AUGCAGUUGUUAUCUACACGAAUUUUUCUGGGCAUGGUUUUGAUAAUUGUUAACACUGUUGGGCAAGAUGAAUGGAAGCGCUCUAUGACUGCUGUUCAUAAUUCACCUAUUAUCAAACAUUAUAUACAAAACGAAACCAUAGUAAUAACUAGUAUUGGUCGUUUUAAAUAUCAAGAUGGUGAGGUCAUUCUAUUAAAAAAUAAACAAAAAGCAUCCGAGUUUUUCUUUACACCAUUUCCAUAUAUCGAACCAAAUUAUACUGCAUGUAACUACAAUGAUUUCAGUGGUCGUACCGAACUCACAUUGGUUCUUUCGCUUUAUACUACAGAUUUAUUGGAAUCGAUUGAAAGUCAUAUUAAAAAACAUCAAAAGAUUUGUCGCACUGAACAUUGUUCUGCUUCACUUUUGCCAAUGCACUCCAUCCGUCUAUUUGAAAAAGGAAAUCGAACAAAAGAGUCACAAAUUAAGUACACUUUGGAUAAUCAAUGGUAUAGUAAUACACCACUUCGACAGACGAUGGAAUUUAUUAUAUAUACAUUGAAUAUGUCCAUCUGUGAAAGUUUUCAAGAUUCAAUCAUCUCUCGUUGCCGUCUACCGAAUUUCGAAAUUCAAUACUCAUUAGACACUCAACAAACAACAUCGAGAAAUGUGGAGGUUACUACAGAACAUAUUACGAGCACAUCGAUUUACACUCAGAUCAAGUCUCAAUUUCAUUCCAAUGCUCAGAACAUGGUUGCUCUGACUGAAAAUGCCUACAAGAAUCUCUUGAGUGAAACUAUGGAUCAAAUUACAAUGGUUUUGCGAGUUGAAGAAGGGUAUGAAGGCUUACAUGACCCAAUUGGAAUUGAUCGAUUACUUGACCGCCGAUUGCAAUAUAAACAAGUUAGAUUGACAAAUACCAAUGAUCGUCUUUGGGAUUCGCUCUAUCCCAAUCUUUUGGUCACCUGGGAUUGGACAUCUGAAUUAACACGACCUGACCGGUUGUCGACAGUGCUUAAUAAAGUUCUAAAACAAGAUGUUACUGAUGCAAACAAAUUUCGAUAUGAUAUUUCGCAAGCAAAAGAAGUUAGAAGACAAGAUCUAAAACUUUAUGACAGACAAAAAUUUGACGAAGUAGUAAAACGUCUCACUACAAACUCUCAAAAUACUUCACAUAUUUCUGAUGCUGGCGCUCAUUUAGGUAUAGGUUUAGGAAGUACGUUGUAUGAUGUUCUGAAUCACACCGAAAUAUAUAAAGAUCGAUAUAACGCCACGUCUAAUGACAAUGAAAAUGGUACAAACAUUAUUCUAACGCGAAGAGAUGCAGAAAAAUUGAUCCAGUUUUUGUCAGACUACAUUGAAAUCGAAGGUAAUAUAAUAAAACCAAAACCAAUUGAUGUUAAACUUGUCAAUUUUGGCUUGUUUAACACAAGCUCAAAACUAUUUUCAAGCAUCGUUUAUGUAAAACGUCGAACAAAGGUACAUGUUAUGCCACUCCGCUGUCCAUACAGAUAUAUUAGUCGUCCCUUCACAGAUUGGCUUGCAGGCGGAUACCAUCGUUUAUCAAGUAGAUUUGACGUAUUCCCCAAGAAUCUAACAAUAGAUUUGGAAGUCAUGAAAGCGAACAUGAGCGCUAUUGAAUCGCGCUUGAAUCCAAAACUGGCUUCACUAGAAUCAAGACUUAAUGAAAAACUGGUUUCAGUUGAAUCAAGACUUAAUCAAAAGUUGGUUUCAAUAGAAUCGAAACUUAAUGAAAAACUGGUUUCAAUAGAACCAACCAUGAAUGACGACCUGGUUUUGGAUGCAACAACCAUGAAUGACGACCUGGUUUUGUAUGCAACAACCAUGAAUGAAGUGAAAAUUCAACCUUAUCGAAGUCGAACAUUUAAUAUUUCUGCUAAUGCGAAAUGGACACAGAAUGGUGUGACUGUUGCUGGAGGUCACGGGAAUGGCAGUGCCACUAAUCAACUGAACUGGCCUGAAGGUCUCUAUGUUGAUGAUGAUCAAACAGUGAUUGCCGCUGAUUGGUUGAAUGCUCGUAUUAUCCAAUGGAAGAAAGGCGAUACAACAAAUGGACAAGUCGCUGCUGGUGGCAAUGGUCAAGGAAAUGGAUUGCAUCAAUUGAAUCGACCAGCUGGUAUAUUAAUCGACAAAGAGACGAAUAAUCUCAUUAUUUGCGAUUACGCAAAUCGACGAGUUGUACGAUGGUCUCGUCGUAGUGGCACAACACAAGGUGAAAUACUCAUCGACAACAUCCAAUGUUGGGGAUUAGCUAUGGAUGAACAGAGAUAUCUCUACGUCUCUGACGCCGGUAAACAUGAAGUAAGACGAUAUCAAUUAGGUGAGCAGAAUGGCACUCUUGUAGCUGGUGGAAAUGGACAAGGUGAUGGACUCAAUCAACUCAAGUUUCCGACAUAUCUGUUUGUCGAUCGACAACAGAAGAUCUACGUGUCAGACAAUAACAAUCACCGUGUAAUGAAAUGGGCUAAAGGUGAGAAAGAAGGCAUUGUCGUCGCUGGAGGUCAAGGACAAGGGAAAGCUCUAACACAAUUGUCUUAUCCUCUCGGAAUCGUCGUUGAUACGUUGGGUACACUCUAUGUAGCAGACCAGGGGAAUCAUCGUGUAAUGCGUUGGCCUCAAGGAGCGAAACAAGGCAGUGUGAUUGUGGAUGGAAAUGUUGAAGGAGCAGGUGCAAAGCAGUUCGGCUACCUCCGUGGUCUGUCUUUCGAUCGGCGUGGUAAUCUCUAUGCCGUCGACGAAAAUAAUCAUCGUGUUCAACGAUUUUCCAUUACAUAG